GCCGAAAGCUCAAGCGCUCCCGGGAGAUUUGCGCGCUAAAGUUAUCGUGGAUUUCCUUCCGACUUGGGCUUCAGGCUUUUGUGUUAUUUCAGUAAAACUUUAAUGUUUUUUGCCAUGCAAUGAUGCGUCAGUUUUUUUUUAUAUUUUAGUGUAUAUUGUAAGAACAGAAUGUGAAGGGAAAAGUUUUCUUAAUGUUGCAUCCUAAACUGGUGAGGCAACAGAAAAAUUAAUUUCAUAUUCGUUGUAGGUGAUCGUCUUUAACUCGUGAAAAUCUAAAGAAAUAAUAGAAGAGAUUUUCCUUAAUAAUUCACGUGCGGGUUUCGAGGCGUUAAAAGAACAGUGAACAAAUUUUUAAAUAUUGUGAGUGGUGAAAAAAAGUGAUUAAAGUGAGGAGAUACUCUUGAGUACGACGCUUUCUGUCUCUCAAAAGUUUCCAAAAGGUAUAAAUAUUUCACACUCAUAACGACUAACGACUUUUGUUUAACGCGAAUAUAUAUCAUGUAUAGUGAGAUAUAUUUUUUUACCGAACGCAAACGCCAUCACUGAAAUUGCAAGCAGUGGUGAAGCCCUCGGUCUCAAGCUCGUAGAUUUUCGGGUCAUCAGUUUUCGAAGUAUUUUUUAAAGAGCGUCUUACCUCAAGAAUCAAUUAAUGGAGGCUCAAUGUUUCACUUCAUCUUUCCCCUCGUCUUCCUCUCCAGCGAUACCAGAUUCCUCUGGGUCUCUUCCCUUGCAAGACCUCUGUCCCCGAGGGUCUCAGCCUCAGCAAGACCUCUGUCCCCGAGGGUCUCUGCCUCAGCAAGACCUCUGUCCCCGAGUGUCUCUGCCUCAGCAAGACAUCUGUCCCCGAGGGUCUCUGCCUCAGCAAGACCUCUGUCCCCGAGUGUCUCUGCCUCAGCAAGACCUCUGUCCCCGAGGGUCUCUGCCUCAGCAAGACCUCUGUCCCCGAGGGUCUCUGCCUCAGCAAGACCUCUGUCCCCGAGGGUCUCUGCCUCAGCAAGACCACUAUCUUCAAGACCCUAUGCCUCAGCAAGAUCCCUGUAACCAAGGGUCUCUACCUCAGCAAGACAACUGUUUCCUACAGCCUCUGCCUCAGCCAGGCCUCUACCACCAAAGUCCUCAGCAUCAGCCAGGCCAUUGCUCUUUGGGGUCUUUGUCUAAGCAAGACUAUUGCCCCCGAGGACAGUUUAUUUCCGAAGACCGCAACACUCAAGGACCUCUGCCUUCUGAAGACCUCAGCAUCACGGCAGACUGGGCUAACCGUUCAACUGUUAAACGAACGUAUACAAGGUACGGAGGGGCCCGCACCUCAGAUCGCCCUCCUUCGGGAUACAACUCCUGCGACCUCACAUCUGACGACCUCCAGGACCUCGAGAGGGGUACGGAACCUAUUUCAGCUGGCAUGGAGAAGAGCUCAGAAACCAGCAUAACAUCUUCAGUGUUGGUAUCUCCUACUGGACGGACAUGUCAUAGUUCCGAUGGGGGAGUCGACAGUCCGGUUAUGACGGCGUUUCAGAAUUGCAUGUCACCCCAAACCCGCAUCACCUCCUCCACUGACCGUGAUGCAGGUGAUAGAGGUGACAGUGAAUUAACGGAUGCCCCGAGAUAUCGAAACGACGCUAUGAAUAUCCAGCCAGCUUCCAAUCACUACCCAGCUCAUGAAUUCGGUGCUGAACGAUCAGAUUGUGCUAUUAAAAAAGCCCGGACUUCAAGGCAUUUCCAAGUGGAUGGUGCAACACAUUUAGAUUCAUUAAAAGCAGGUAUUGCUGGAAAGGUCGACUCGAACAUAGACUCCACCACCAGCGUCACCAGCUCAUCUUUCAUGCGCCGUUCACCAGCAACCACGGUAGAUUAUUUCAACGGCAACUACGACCACCUACAGACUGACAACCCACACGCUCCUCCAUGCCGCAAUGUCCCAUGCCACGAUUCCCCACGUCACACCUCAUGCCAUGAUGCCCCAUGCCACGAUACCCCAUGUAACGAGCCCCAUCCUGGAUACUCAGUCCCCCAACCGCGCUCCAACGAACCAAAAAACUUUUCUUUGAUGUCCAUGUCUGAAACUCGUCAUCCUACCUCAGACACAUCGGACAGAGACACGACUUUGGGACCAAACACUUGCGGAGACCGCAUGGACACAAGUCAUCCUUCUGCUGGCGGACAACCUGGCGUGCCAUCCAAGCCUCUUCAUCCAAUGCUGGUGAAUGCAUCCGCGUCUCUGGAACUCAAGUCGCUGUGGGACGACUUCAACGAACUCGGCACCGAGAUGAUUGUCACCAAGGCUGGCAGGAGGAUGUUCCCGACGUUCCAGGUGCGUCUGUACGGCCUGGACGUCGCCAGCGACUACAUCUUAAUGUUGAACUUCGCGCCCGUGGAUGAUAAGAGAUACAGAUAUGCCUUCCACAGCUCGUCAUGGAUCGUGGCUGGCAAGGCUGACCCCAACUCGCCCCCCCGCAUCCACAUCCACCCAGACUCUCCCGCCAAGGGGGCCCAGUGGAUGAAACAACUUACGUCCUUUGAUAAACUCAAACUUACUAAUAAUCAACUUGAUGAUAACGGACACAUCAUUCUAAACUCGAUGCACCGCUACCAGCCUCGCUUCCACAUCGUCUACGUGAACCCAAAGCAAGAAGACGUCACAAGAACUGAGAACUUCAAGACGUUCGUCUUCCCUGAGACGAAAUUCACGGCAGUCACGGCAUAUCAGAACCAUCGGAUCACGCAACUGAAAAUCGCAAGCAAUCCCUUCGCUAAAGGCUUCAGAGACUGCGACCCUGAGGAGUGCUCAACAGAAGUCAUGAGUCAACUACAGUCUUCAAAUCAACACAACAACAGCACAAAUAAAAACAACUGCAGCCAACAACAACAACAGCAACAACAGCAGAGGGCGUAUACAGCGUCUUACCACACCGCCGUGCUGCCCAAAGAAGAGGAUUGUGACUCGGAAGCGUCCUUGUUCUCGCGUAUGGCCGUGGGUAGCGCGCCCCUGGAAGGGUUCUUCCCUCCUGUAGGAGGGGUUCCUUACCUACAGACCCCCAGCUCCCCCGCGACCCUGGGGCACAACUACUCUUCAGACCCCUGCCAGUAUGGGCCGGUCUAUGGGUCUUACGGUGGACCUGCAGCCCCUCUAAAAUCCAGACCUUUUUCACCGUAUCAUCGGUCUUCUCCGUGCUACAGCUCGAGCAUCGGAGCGCUGCACGGCAGUUCGGUGGCACCAGCGCCCUACCUCUGCACGAGCACGGCGCCCCCCAACACCGUACCGCCGCUCUAUGCACGACAACAACAGCAUCAACAACAACAAAUUUAUCAAUCUUAUCCCAAUAGAUGAAGAUAGUAUCAUCGUGACUCUUCUAUUCUUAAUAAGUUGAAUUGAUGUAGUUGUGACACUUCCUUUUCAAAUCGAUGAAAAUGGUGUCAUUGUGGAAUUUAUUUCAUAACACGUAUCAGUUUCGUACGUUUGUUCUAGCUUUCUCUUACAAAAUCGCAGUUUGAAAAGCCUUCUGCAGUGUGUUUUGUAAAAAAGUCUCUUUUGUAUGGAAAGAUGCAUUGUAUGAAAAAUUUAAAUACAUCUUUUGUAUUUUAAAGAAAACUUUUGUAGAAAAAUCUACGAGUUUUCCUCAUAAUAUUUCAGUGGUGAGCACAACGCUGUGAGUUUUGGGGCGAGGAAAACCUUAUUGCAUCGUCAUAGUCAUGCCAUCGAUCUAACUUGUGCUUGAAUUGUUAACUGUUUUCGUUGAUUAAAGUUUAGCUCUUUGACCCAUUCAUCGGAGCAGGACGACAUCUUUUUUGUUAAUGUAUUAUCAAUUUAUUGAGAAAAAUGCCAAGACUGUUUGGCGAAUUAUCUUAGAAUUAUAUUUUUUGUAUUGCGUUGGCCAUUGUUUGGGCGAACCUGAAAUUUAUAAAUGAGCAUUAACAGCGGAGGCCGAGGACCGACUAUGGUACGGUUACUUGUGAUAUGUUGUAGUUUGUUAUACAAAUUAUUACAGCUUAUAAGAGAGUCUAAAUAU